GUGUUGUUGGAGGGGGGCUUAGCUACGCAGCGUCUGGGACCACUACCACACAAAGUCUGGCAUUCGCCCUAAUGUCCCCCACUCCCUUUCAAGCACUUGGCUGCAAUCUGUUUCGGUUUGCCGUCUUUACGUUUCCCCGAAUCUCAUAGUUAAAAUGAAGUUGGCUUAACAAGCCGAUCGCUCGGUAUUUUUUGAAAUAGGAUAGCUAGCGUUGGCUAGUAAAACUGGGUAGGGUCUGUCGGGAGCAGCUAACUGGCUAGUUAGCGAGGCUAGUACUAUCGGCCAACACGACAUGUAUAGCGUUAGGAUUUGGCCCAGGGUUGAUGGCUUGCUAGCUAACUUGGAUGACGGCUGUGAAUUAAAUAAUAAACAUUUAACUAAACUAGUAGCAGCUGUCGAUGUACUUAUCGAGCUAUCUCGAUCUUGUCGUCUAACAAUCGCUAUCUAGCUAGCUAUCCCAUUUAGAUUUGGUCGAAAGUUGACCUGUGCUAGUAGCUAUCCUUUGCAGAUCUGGGAGAUCGCUGGCUAGCCAUUUUACAACUGGCUUGAUAGUUAGGAAUCUAGCCAGUGAGAUGUUGAAUUGCGUGCAUUAUCAGUGUAUGUCGGUGUUAAUUUCUCAGCGAUAAAUAUUUGGUAGUUGAUCAAGCCGAGUGUUUGACUCGACGUUAAUGGCCCGUAUCUGUGUAACGGUGACGUUAAUUAACGAUUAACAAAUGUCCAUUGCUGAUGGUUAAGGUUAUAUCAAAUGUUCGUUAGACGGAAAGCUGUAUACAGUGACUAUUUGGAUAAUCCGAUUCUAGUUCGCUAAAUAGCUAUGUUAAUUCAACGAUAUGGCUAUAUUUUAUUUUUCUAAUUUUAAAUUACUUUUUAACGUAUUUGGCUAACAUUUGCUGACCAUGUGUUCUACGUGCAAAAAUGGUGAACAACGUCGACUAGUUGGUGUUGGUUGGGCAGCUGGCUAAUCCCACUUCUAAAUUGGAGAUGCAGUUUUGUAAGUGUAGUCAAAUUAUCCAGCAUUAGCUAGAUAAUCAUAGUUGGGCGAGUACAACAACCUUAGAUGUUUCGCUGCAAGAUGAUUCAUAUUAGUAACGUUAGCUAGCUCCAGAAGUGCUGCAUCGUCGAUAUUUACUAUGUAGAGCGAGAUGGAUUGAAAUGAUGUGGAAAAUAAUGUGAUUUUUCAGGAGAAAGCGCAAUGUUUCCUGUAACGUCAUUUACAGUGGCGCUUAUUGGUUUGGUUGAUGUAAAUGGAAGCGCGCGAAUGUGAUGUGUUUUUAAUAUAAGCUUGGGUAUAAAAAAAGGGGCCGUUUUUCUGUGGCAGUGUGUGUAUUUGGGGGUUACAUAUUUCCAGGAAUACCACGGAGGGCUUCAACUUUAAUCUUCUGUAUAGAUUUUUUCCUCUCCAUUUUGUAAGAUGUUUGGAGCAUAGAUGCGUCCUAACGAGAGUCUUGAAUCAAGCGGAAAUGUUCAUUUGAUUAAAUAUGCAGAACUAUUUAGAAUGGAUACGUCUUGAAUACAAUAUUUAUUGAAAAUCAGAAUCUACAGUUGAAGUAACAGUAGCCUUAAGUAUCCCAAAGCAAAGUGUAAGGAUGGGGUGUAAUUCCCUCCAGCACAUUUGACGAGUUUCAGACGACUAAAGUCUGAUACCAUAUCACAUUCAAGGACAGUCUUUCCUAAAUAGCGCCCAGAUCAAGCUGAAACUGUCGUGAUUCCUUUCCGAUACUGGAAAUUUGCGUAAAACAGCCAAAUCGCACUAAAAAUCGGGUACCGUAUGAUAGGCAUAAAUUGUGCAGAUUAGCAGCCAUCGUAAUUGAAGACUAUCUAAUUUUAUGGCACGUGUUAAUAUUCGAGGCGUCGUUUCUUUUGCGUUAUAGAGGCCAAGUUUGCAACGGAAACAUUCCAAUAUAUAACCUUGAGUGUGACCCCACAGUUGGGCCCAACACAGUGGAAUAGCUAACCUGAUAACAUGGUUUUUAUGGCCAAGCAUUCUUAAAUUAUGCGUUCGAUCGGCCGUAUAAGAACAUGAAGAAUGUAAUGGACGUGCUAUUUCAUGACACUACCAGUAAACCGGAGGACGGUUUUGGUGCCAGAUGGUUGGGGUGGGUGUGGCUUGUUGUCAGACCAACCAUUUUGAGUGACGGUCCCAUUUGCGCCCGUCAACUCCUCCCCCCCCCUCCCCCAGCCCCUUCAAGCGCACAGACAGAGCAACCACUGUGAUGACACACCUGCCUAGCAGCACAGUCCGUGACCACAUGAAAUGGGCAGGAUUGCUUGGCUGUGAGGCGGUCUUAUCCAGUAUGGCGCUGAUGCAGGCCGGUUCCAUGGCCGGCCAGAAGAAGAUGAUGUCCCAGCUGGGCCCGGGGCAGAGGGACAGCCCGGACCACUCCCAGCAGGGCCACGCCCCCCAGAGCCACAUGGUUCUGCCGUCCGGGGUCAGCUGCCCACCACUGCUGAUCCGAAAGGAGGGAGAGUUCCACUCUUCCCGCCUCCUGGACGAGAAGGAAAUGCGUGAGAGUGUUGACAUGCAGCUGAAGAAGAAGAACAGGAAGUCGGGGACGCCCUGCAAAGUGAGAGAACAGGUGGUGGUGGUGGACGAGAACGGGGAGUGCCCCUUGAAGGUGCAGAAGAACUUCGUGUGCGAGCACUGCUACGGGGCCUUCCGGAGCAGCUACCACCUGAAGAGGCACAUCCUCAUUCACACAGGGGUCCACGCGGAGCACCAGGAACGCAGGCCACACGUGCCGAUUGGCUCACCAGCCGGUAAAACUGAACCGGUCGUUGUCAUGGCGAUGCCAAGGCCCCGCACAAGAGGAGAGAAGCCGUUUGCCUGUGACGUGUGUGACAUGAGGUUUAUUCAGCGUUACCACCUGGAGAGACACAAGCGCGUUCACAGCGGAGAGAAGCCCUACCAGUGCGAACGCUGUCAGCAGCCCUUCUCUCGGACCGAUCGGUUGCUACGGCACCGGCGCAUGUGCCAGGUCGGCGGCGUGGGCGCCGUGGGCCCCGUUGCCACCGUUGCCAUUGUUGCCAAGGGGGAGAACCAGUCCUGCCGCGAAGUUAACCGGCCGUACCCCCAGCAGCCCCCGCCUCCUACCGCCGCCUGGACCCCGCUACAGCCUCCCCAAGGGGAGAAGCCGUUUGGCUGUGACGUGUGUGACAUGAGAUUUACUCAGCGGUAUCAUCUGGAGAGACACAAGCGCAUUCACAGCGGAGAGAAGCCCUACCAGUGUGAGCGCUGUCAGGAGACUUUCGCUCGGACGGACCGCUUGCUGCGGCACCGGCGCAUGUGCACGGUCGGCGGCGUGGGCGCGGUCGCCGCCGUGGCCAUUGUUGCCAAGGGCGAGAGCCAGUCCUGCCGCGAAGUGAACCGGCCGUACCCCCAGGAGCCCCCGCCUCCCACCGCCGCCUGGACCCCGCUGCAGCCUCCCCAAGGGGAGAAGCUGUUUGGCUGUGAUGUUUGCGACACGCGAUUUACUCAGCGGUAUCAUCUGGAGAGACACAAGCGCAUUCACAGCGGAGAGAAGCCCUACCAGUGUGAAGGCUGCCAAAAGAGCUUCGCUCGGACGGAUCGGUUGCUACGGCACCGGCGCAUGUGCAGGGUGGGCGGCGUGAACCUGGUGGCCGCUGUUGCCAAGGGGACGAGCCAGCCCUGUCGCAAUGCUUCGUGGCCGUAUCCCCAGCAACCCCCACCUCCUACCGCUGCCUGGACCCCCCUACAGCCUCCCCAAGGCUGCGGACUUACUUGGUCGUCAAAGUCUGAAGGGGACAAGGUGUUUGGCUGUGACUUGUGUGACAUGAGAUUUACUCAGCGUUACCACCUGUUGAGACACAAGCGCAUUCACAGCGGAGAGAAGCCCUUCCAGUGUGAACGCUGUCAUAAGACCUUCUCUCGGAAGGAUCGAUUGGUACGACACCGACGCCAAUGUCAGGUUGGCGGUGUGGGUGCGAUUGCCACGGUUGCCACAGUCGCCACUGUUGCCAAGGGGACGAGCCAGCCCUGCCGCGAGGUUUCAUGGCCGUACCCCCAGGACCCCCCUCCACCCACCGCUGCCUGGACCCCCCUACAGCCUCCCCCAGGGCAGAAGAUGUUUGGCUGUGACGUGUGUGACAUGAGAUUUACUCAGCGGUACCACCUGUUGAGACACAAGCGCAUUCACAGCGGAGAGAAGCCCUACCAGUGUGAAGGCUGCCAUAAGACCUUCGCUCGAACUGAUCGGUUGUUGCGACACCGCCGCCAAUGUCAGGUGGGUGGCGUGGCUGCGGUUGCUACGGCCGCCACGGUCGCCACGGUUGCCACAGUUGCCACUGUUGCCAAGGGGACGAGCCAGCCCUGCCGCGAGGUUUCAUGGCCGUACCCCCAGGACCCCCCUCCACCCACCGCUGCCUGGACCCCCCUACAGCCUCCCCCAGGGCAGAAGAUGUUCGGCUGUGAUGUGUGCGACAAGAGGUUCACUCAGCGUUACCACCUGAUGAGACACAAGCGCAUUCACAGUGGAGAGAAGCCCUACCAGUGUGAAGGCUGCCAUAAGACCUUCUCUCGAACUGACCGGUUGCUGCGACACCGCCGCCAGUGUCAGGUUGGCAGCAUGGGCGUGGUCGCCACCGUUGCCACUGUUGCCAAGGGACCAAGCCAGCCCUGCCGCAACAUUCCGUGGCCGUACCAGCAGCCCCCUCCUCCCACCGCUGCCUGGACCCCCCUGCAGCCUCCCCCAGGGAAAAAGCUGUUUGGCUGUGACGUGUGUGACACGCGAUUUACUCAGCGUUACCACCUGAUGAGACACAAGCGCAUUCACAGCGGAGAGAAGCCCUACCAGUGUGAAGGCUGCCAUAAGACUUUCGCUCGGACCGAUCGCUUGUUGCGACACCGGCGCCAAUGUCAGGUGGGCACCAUGGGCACAGUUACCAUGGUUGCCACCGUCGCCAAGGGGGCGAGCCAGCCCUGCCGCAGCGUGCAGUUGGCGUACCCCCAGGACCCCCCUCCCCCCACCGCUGCCUGGACCCCCCUACAGCCUCCCCCAGGUCAACUGACGAUCUGGCUCCCCCCUCCCCCCCUCCCCCCUCACCACCAUCCUGGAGCAGCGCAAUGAGCAGCAGCACCACCAACACACAGGCCAGCGCUCAGUGGCGCCACACGCUGCUGCAAGUGCGUACUGCAGCUUGGCUAUGAGAUUUUAAAAAACGACUUCUCACGUGAGAUCGGUUUUAUUAAUUAUUUUGUACUUUUUUUAUUACUGUAAAAGUUCUGUUUUAUUGUUAUUUUGAGUUUAUUCAUGUGUUAUUAUGUGGCUGGGGUCAGGAGUCAGCCUUUGGGUGGGUUUGGUGGCAUUGUAGUUGGAAAAUAUAAAUGUUGGGGUAGCAAAGCAAAUGUUGCUGUAUAAAAUAAUAAUUUGUCCACAUGUAUUCCUUAAAAAAUACGUUUUUUAUUUAGAUAUGGGGAAACAAAGUACACACUGGGUUAGUGUUAUGUACAAUGUCAUAUUCAAAGUCAUGUACAUUGCUAUUAGAUUGAACAUGGUUGUUAGCGUGAUUUCCCUAUUUGAUGCAGUGUUGUGAAUAGCAGUAUCAUCAGAGCAGUCAGGGGGUUAGCGUAAAUGAGUACUCCAGAAAAUGGGACCGGUGUCAGAUUGAUGUGGUACUACUGGUGUGGAAAUUAAUGCAUGGUGACAGUAAAAUAUCCAAAACCCUCAUCUGUGGCCUUCUGGCAUUCUGACCCAUUUUUACUCAGUUGUAAUUGUUAUUUUCCACAGAAGAGUACUUCCACAUCGCCCAGUUUGAAGGAAGUCAUUGGCAGGUUAACUUUUCUGUGGCCUGUUCUAGCCUUACCUUGAUUCUUAUUAAAUAAAGGUAGACCUCUUUGUCCAUGAGGUCACAAAGGAGAAGAUCAAAUUGAGAAUUUGACACUGUGACAUCACAAAGGAGAACAUAAUAUUUAGAAUUUGCCAUGGGAUCAUCACAAAGGGGGAGAUUUAAUGUAGGAUUUCCUCUGAUGGCCCAGACUCUUGGACUGUAACAUCACAAAGAAGUAGAUUUUGUGCUUCCAAGACUUUUGUGAAUAUGGGGUUUCCAUCCAUAUUAAGACAUAAUUAUUAAGCCAGUGUUUUCUGUGAAAAACCAAAGGGAAUUCCCAUCACUAAGACCACGGGCCCUUUGUGCAUCCACAUCUCUGAUAGUUCCAUGUUUUUUGCUUAGACUGUGGCGUAAUUGUUUAAUGCAUCACUCAUUGUUGGUCUUGUGAUUUAUGAGUAAAUCUGUUCUUUUUACUACUCUAGAUGGCCUUCAUACUGAUUUUUUAUGUUGCAGAUUAGAGAUAGGCCAGUUCAAUUGUAAGGGCUGCGUGUUUUCUUUUUUUUGUUUUUUUUUACAACAGAAGUGAAAUCAGGCUAAUGAAAAGGUUGAGAGAAAUUUAUCAGCAUAAUUUCCCAUUCCUAUCCAAUAUUGUUCUAUUGUCUCAAUGUUCUUUUAUUUUCAGUACAUUCUAAAAAUUCUGAAAAUAAUAAAGUAUAAGGAGAUAAGCAGGUUGUGGUGGGUACAUUUUCAACAAAUUCUUAUUCUUGGUCUUUUAAAAAAGAGAACUAUAUAGAGCUCAUAUAAAAAGAACAUGAUGUCAUCAGUAGUUGCUUUGAUCAAUAUUGUAUAUAAAGCUUCAGUAUUUUAAACAUAUUUUCAAGGCUUUUAUUGCCUCGAAAUAUAGCACUCAUUUUUACAACUGAAUUUAUUUUAACACAUUUCUUUUUGUGUGAAUGAACUCUAUUGUGCCUUUCUUGUGUAUGAAACACAAUAUUAUUUUUCCUUUUUAUUAACCAUCUCUGCAUGCAAUUGUUCUUCUAAAAGUUCAUAAAGGACUGUAUAUGUGGAUUAUUGUUUGGGGAAAAAAUGAAAUGUUGUCAGCAUAAAUGUUCACUUCAAAAUGUAAACUAGUGUGUGCAUUCAAGAUCGGGUUAGUCAUAUUAUCAUUAUAUUAUGAGUAAAUAGUUUCAAUAAAACCAAAUCUUUAAAUAAA